AUGCCGGAUCACUCCGACCGCUCGGUUGCCGCCGCUGGCAGCGGCAGCAGCAGCGUCGGAGGUGGCAACCGCCCACAUCAAUACACCAACCGUUUAGCUUCGGAGCAGUCUCCGUACUUGUUGCAGCAUGCGCACAACCCGGUCGACUGGUAUCCAUGGGGCGAGGAGGCGUUUGCUCGCGCGCGUGCGGAGGACAAGCCCAUUUUUCUCAGUGUUGGAUACGCCACCUGCCACUGGUGCCAUGUGAUGGAGCGGGAGUCCUUUGAAAGCGAGGAGGUGGCGGAGCUGCUGAACCGAGAUUUUAUUUCCAUCAAGGUAGAUCGAGAGGAACGACCUGACGUGGACCGUGUGUAUAUGACGUACGUUCAGGCCGUCAGCGGCAGCGGUGGCUGGCCCAUGAGCGUGUGGCUGACACCUUCCCUGGAGCCCUUUUACGGCGGAACCUACUAUCCACCAAAGGACCGCUUCGUCGGCGGGCAGCUGGCCCUGCCGGGAUUCAGCACCGUGCUCCUCCGCAUCGGCUCCCUGUGGCGCACCAACCGACAGGAUCUCAAGAGCAAGGUAGAGGCAGCCGCGGCGCCGGCUGGGCCCACCGAAGCAGCGGCUAACGCCGGUGCUGCGUUGCCGCCAUCUCUUGCUGCCGCCGCCGUGGAUGCAUGCGGCCACGACCUGGCUCGUCGAUACGAUGCGGAGUAUGGCGGCUUUGGCGGAGCGCCCAAGUUCCCCCGACCCAGCGAGAUUAAUUUGCUGCUGCGGGCUGCUGUCAGGCAGAUGGAGCAGGGCGACCAGCUUGCCGCCCAGCGGCGGCGCUCCAUGGCGCUCCACUCGCUCACCGCCAUGGCCUCCGGGGGAAUGUACGACCAACUGGGGGGAGGGUUCCACCGCUACAGCGUGGACGAGCUGUGGCACGUACCGCACUUUGAGAAAAUGCUUUACGACAAUCCCCAGCUGGCGUUGUCGUACCUGGCUGCCUUCCAGCUGACGGCAGAUAAGCAGUACGCGCUGGUUGCCCGCGGUGUGCUGGACUACCUGUUGCGCGACAUGACCUCCCCGGGUGGUGGACUCUACUCCGCGGAGGAUGCGGACAGCGAGGACCCCCACAGCUACAUGACCAGCACCACUACUGCCGCAGCAGCCGCGCCCGCCGCCAUGGAAGCCGGCAGCGAGCGGAAAGAGGGCGCCUUUUACAUCUGGGAUCAUUCUGAGGUCGUGUCUGUACUGGGGCCGGAGCUGGGACCGUUCUUCUGUCUCGUGUACGGCAUUGAUGAGGAGGGCAAUUGCAACCGCAGCUCCCGUAGCGACCCACACGGCGAAUUCGAGGGCAAGAACGUGCCGUACAUCGCCACGCAGCCGGCGGUGGCGGCGGCACGCUUGGGUCUGCCGUAUGGCGAUGACGCAGCAGAGGCGGCUCGCCGGCUGUCGGCGGCGCGGGAGGCGCUUCACGCGGCCCGGGCUUCGAGGCCGAGGCCCUCCCUGGACGAUAAGAUUGUGACGGCUUGGAACGGAAUGGGCAUCGGCGCCUUCGCGGUCGCUUCCCGGGUCCUGGCCUCCGAGCAGCAGGUAGAGCGGCUUUUCCCGUCAGAGGGCCGGGCCCCAGCUGCCUACCUGGAUGCGGCCGUGAGGGUGGCGGCAUUUGUUCGAGAGCACUUGUGGGACCCCGCGGCGGGCGGCGGGGUGGGACGGCUGAGGAGAAGCUAUUGCAAGGGGCCGUCAGCAGUGGCGGGCUUCGCGGAUGACUAUUCGGCGCUGGUUUCGGGGCUGCUGGACCUGUACGAAUGCGGGGGUGGACGGGAGUGGCUGGAGUGGGCACUGCAGCUGCAGGCGGUUCAGGACCAGCUGUUCUGGGACCCCCAGUCCGGAGGCUACUUCUCCACGCCGGACCCCGCCUCGGCGGAUGCGGACCCCUCCAUCAGAAUCCGGAUCAAGGAUGACUACGACGGUGCCGAGCCAACCGCCUCCUCCGUGGCGGCUUCCAACCUGCUGCGGCUAGCGGACAUGAUCCAGGAACGACCGUUGUACGAUACUACGGCAUCUACGACUACUGGUCAUGCGAUGCCUUACGAUGAGGCGGCACGGCGCACGUUGGCGGCCUUCUCGGCGCGCAUCACGCAGGCGCCGCUGGCGGUGCCGCAGAUGUGCUGUGCCGCCCACACGUUCAGCAAGCGGCCCCUGCGGCAGGUCAUUGUGGCUGGCACGGCGGGCGCCACGGACACCGGCGCACUACUAGAUGCCGUACACUCGCCGUACUGCCCGGACAAGGUAGUGCUGGUGAUGGACCCGUCCGACCCGCGGGACAUGGCCUUUUGGCGGAAGCACAACCCGCCCGCGUACGACAUGGUGACACAGCCCGCAGUUGUCUUCAUCUGCCAGAACUUCACCUGCCAGGCGCCCACCACCGACCCUGCCCGGGUGCGGCAGCUGCUGGCCCAGCGACAGGUGUGUCGUGAAGGCUCGGUGCAGCCUGGGUGUGCGGGGGAGAGGCUGGGUGAGCUGAAGGAAAGGGGAGGGACAUGUUCACGGGCAGGAGUCAUGGACCGUGGAAAGGGCGCGGGAAAUGGAAAUGGAGAGGGGGAAGGAGGAAGGUCCACAGAUGCCCUUGAGGCGCAUAAGUUACCGCUGCAUGCCGGGGAUCUUCUACGGUCGUCGUCAACUUGCAUUUAUGUAAGCCAUUAA